AAACCCAAACUUAAGGGACACAAGUUCGUUUUUUUAAAGGGGAACGUGUCACCCGCAGAGCCGGCGGGUCGAGCCUCUGUCCAAGGUGCUGAAACCGAGCCGCGCUCAUACCGCCCCGUCCGCCUCCAGGAGGGCGGCCCAACCGCUUCGACACCAUGGGUGCAGCCGCUCCCAGCCGCCCAGCCAGGCGCUUUCUGAGGUGCUGAAAUCUCCAUCCAGCCUCGUGUCGUUGGACCAGCCUGACUAUCGAGCGCCAAAGCAGGAUCCGGCCGAGCUGGCUGGGAUGCUGAAGCAGGAGGGCUGAGCCUUGGAUCUAAUGCACCGCGCCCACGGGAAUUGUUGGUCAACGGGCUACCUGGACCCCAGGUUGAACUUUGUCUUGCCCCAGCCCCACCCUCCCCCGCCAGGUCCGGACUGCCGGCCAAUGUCCGCCUGAAAGGAGCCCGGUGUGAGCGAUCGGCUGGGGCUGCGGGGCGAGCCUGGCCAUGGAAGGCUCCAACGGAUUUGGGAUCGACUCCAUCCUGUCCCACAGAGCGGGGAGCCCGGCCGUGCCCCAAGGAGACCCGCUGAUGGGGGAGUGCAGGUCCCCCCUGGAACUAAGCCCCGGCUCCGAAGUCAGCAGCGGGUGCCCGUCUCCCCACUCGCCGGGGAAGGAAUGCCUGGAGGCGGUGGCUCCCAGGCAAGGGGUGGCCGUGGGCUUGGAAUCUCACCUCCAGCCGGGGCAGGGCUCGGCUCCUUCCCAAUCCAGAACAGUGACCUCGUCUUUCCUAAUCAGGGACAUCCUAGCCGAUUGCAAGCCCCUGGCAGCCUGCGCGCCUUACUCUAGCACCAAUGGACAAAGCGGCCCAGAGCCGGCGGGGCGAAUCCCGGCCAAACCCGGGGAGGACUUUAGAGAGAAAAUGGACAAAAGUAGCAGCAACGCCUCGUCGGACUCUGAGUACAAAGUGAAAGAAGAAGGGGACAGAGAAAUCUCCAGCUCCAGGGACAGCCCCCCGGUGAGGCUGAAAAAGCCCCGCAAAGCCCGCACCGCCUUCACCGAUCACCAGCUCGCCCAGCUGGAGCGGAGCUUUGAGAGGCAGAAAUACCUGAGUGUGCAGGACAGGAUGGAGCUGGCGGCCUCCCUCAACCUCACUGACACCCAAGUGAAAACGUGGUACCAGAACAGAAGGACCAAGUGGAAGAGGCAGACAGCAGUGGGACUGGAGCUACUGGCAGAAGCUGGGAAUUAUUCAGCCCUCCAGCGAAUGUUCCCAUCUCCCUAUUUCUACCCGCAGAGCUUGGUCUCCAACCUGGACCCCGGAGCGGCCCUCUAUCUAUACCGCGGUCCCAGCGCCCCUCCCCCGGCUUUGCAGAGACCUUUGGUACCCCGGAUCCUCAUUCACGGACUGCAGGGGGGUAGCGAGCCGCCCCCGCCUUUGCCCCCCCUGGCAGGCGUCCUCCCGCGGGCGGCUCAACCGCGGUGAAGCGCCGAGCUCGCAGCAAUGCCCGCUGCCAAGGAAGCCCCGAGGCCCCCUCUGCUCCCUUGCGUAGACCGCCCUGACCAUCGGAAACUGUGCACCGAGCCUGGGGGCGGGGGGGAGAGGCGGGCCGGAUCCUUGGCACUUCAACCCCCGCCUAGCCACCCCACAAAACCAUCCUGCACCCUAACGGAGCCAGAGCAACUUGGAGAGGAA